AUGAGUGUCAAAGCAGGAUACGAAGUUUUAUUUAUGCGGGACAACUUUGUGCGACACAACCUUGGGGGCGAUAGUGGUGGCCCCUUGUACAGCAGAAGCGGAGAAUGCUUGGGUAUCAUAUCAAUAUAUCCUUUGACUGCGGGAAAGGAAUACCAGAUGUCUACACUCGCGUUUUCCACUACCUCCAGUGGAUCAAAGCCACCAUUAAAUAUAGUCUUCUCAUCCUAA